AUGUCGGGUAGAGGCGGUGCGGGAUCCUCGGGUUCGUCGACGGGAGGUCUCGGUUCUACUAAACUGCACAAGGUCUUCAUUCGGUAUUCUGACGUCAGUACGAUGCAUGAGGAGCUUCUUUUGCAGACCAGGUCCUGUGCUGGGCGCGGAUUGCCGGAACCACCGCCGAAGACGACAACGCGCCGUUUCGAUGGUCCAUUUUUGCAAAUGCGGGUGCAGCAAAUGCAGGGCUACUUCGAUGCACUGUGCUCUCGGCCGGCGGUUAUGGCGCUUCGCCCGGUGCGACGCUUGCUACAGUUGGGAGAAGGCAGUGACUCCCUGAGUGACGGAAUUUCUGCCUAUGAUACUAGCAAUGGGGGCGUUGGAGGUGGAGCCGCGUGGCCGAAAAACAGCUGUAAGACCGAGUCCCUACCCGUUCAAGUGGCAGCGGUGCGGACGAAAAACGUUGUAGAUUUUUGCUACAA